AUGGCAAUUCAUUUCACCAUCACCUCAUCAAAUUCUCCACUAAGAUAUACUAGCACAAUGCACUUCGAGAACUACGAUCCUUGUUUCCCUGAUCAGCCAGUGGUUGAUCUUUACCUCCAAAUAUGGGGAAAAUUGCCAGCUUUCAAGUCCAAACCAGCUUUCAUUUGGGCCGAAGAUGAUUCAGCUUCUUCAGGCACCGGGGCUAGCACUUGCUCAGCCAUCACCUAUCAGCAGCUGAACAAUUCAGCGGAUUGCAUUUCCUCCCAGCUGUUACUUCCGCUGCAAAGGGGUGAUACUGUGGUUGUGAUGUGUGCUCCAGGACUGGAACUCGUAGAGAUCAUUUUUGGGUGUCAAAGAGCUGGCCUUUUGUCUGUUCCUGUUGUCCCUCCAGACCCGUCUUUUGCUGAAGAUAAUUAUCACCACCUCGUCAGAGUUAUAUCCCAGACAAAGCCUAAAGCUGCCAUUGCAAAUCAUUGUUAUAUCGAGCGCGUUAAGCAGUAUAAAUCUUCACCUUCGACCAAUAAACAACUCUCUGAGUGGUUGCAGAAGCUUAGCUGGAUUUCAAUUGAGGCUAUUAAAGGCAAGAAACUGGACGGGAACUCGAAUUCAGUACCGUACAGCGGUUGCAAAGCUGAAGAGGUGUACCUGAUUCAGUACACUUCUGGUGCCACAGGAAUUCCAAAACCAGUUCUUGUAACGGCGGGUGCAGCUGCUCACAAUGUUAGAGCAGCAAGGAAAGCUUAUGAUCUGCAUCCCAAUAGCGUUAUUGUUUCUUGGUUGCCUCAGUACCAUGAUUGUGGCCUCAUGUUCUUGCUACUUACCGUAGUGUCAGGAGCAACCAGUGUCUUAACAUCGCCAGCUACAUUCUUAAAAAGGCCCCGAAUAUGGCUCGAGUUGAUUACCUUUUUCAGGGCAACUUGCACUCCCGUUCCAUCUUUCACAUUACCUCUUGUUCUUAAGCGAGGUGGGGUUGCUCGGGGAACAAUUCCUAUAAACUUGGAAAGCAUGAAGAACUUAAUUGUCAUCAAUGAGCCAAUAUACAAAGAUGCUGUUGAAGAAUUCAUUCAAGUAUUUAGGAGAUUUGGGCUGAAUCCAUCAGCCAUCUCUCCAUCUUAUGGCUUAGCAGAGAAUUGCACGUUCGUUUCUACGGCAUGGAGAAUCGGCAGAAAUAACAAUUUGCCAACUCACAAUAAGCUCUUACCUAGUGCGAGGCUCAUUUCUUUUGACAAAGAUGAGGAAGAAGAUAUUGAAAUUCUAGUUGUCAAUGAAGAAACGCAAGAGCCUGUCGAGGAUGGAACAGAAGGUGAGAUAUGGAUAUCAUCUCCGAGCAAUGCCUCUGGCUACCUUGGCCAUCCUUCUCUGAGUAGAGAGGUAUUCAAUGGGAUGCUCAGCAAGAGAGUGGGGCGGUGCUAUGUCCGAACUGGAGAUAGAGGAGUUGUCAUUGGAGAUGAUAGGUAUUUAUUCGUGACAGGUCGAAUUUCAGACAUCAUUAAACUCCCAAAUGGUCAAGAAUUGCAUCCUCAUUACAUAGAAACUGCAGCUUACAACAGUCAUCCGAAAAUACUCCGAGGAGGCUGUAUUGCAGCAUUUAUGGUUUCAGGAACUCUAGCUAUUGUUGCAGAGAUUCAAAAUUUUGAAAGAGAACGAAGAGCUAUGAGGAACAUAUGUGAAGGGAUAAGGAAAUCUAUCAUGGAAGAAGAGAGCGUAGCAGUUGGACUGAUCGUUCUUGCUGAAAGUGGAAGUGUUCCAAAGACUACUUCUGGCAAAAUACGGAGAUGGUUAGCUAAGGAGAACCUGAUAAGGGCCAAAAUUCGUACAAUAAUGCAGAUGGAAUUAAAAGAGGAAAAUUGUGAUUUAGCAGUUAGCAAGAAGAUAAAUCAUUCAAGAGAAGAAGGGAAGGGAGAAACAUGCAAACUUAAGGGGAAGGGUGAGGUUGUAGCAGAGCACAAGCUAGGAGGGAUCAUCCUUUCGCUAUCAGAAGCUCCAACUAAAGGACCCUUGCUAUCUUCUCUAUAG